AAAAAUGUAUACGGUUACUUAUUACUUUUCGAAUGGUAAUUUUUGGAAAACGUGAUACGCUAUCUACCUGUAGUUCGUACACAUAUACAAUAUGGUGUGGGAAGAUGAUUGACGAUAACAAUCUAACAAUCUAAGCCAGAUAGAAAAUAUGAAGUGCCCUAAAUGCGGGAUUGAUGGGGACGGGAAGUUCUGCCAGGAAUGUGGGACAAAGCUAGCCGUAAAAGCAAAGGUGGUUCUGUGCCCUGGAAAAGAUGACAAUGGUAAUCCGUGUAAUGCCGAAAUAUCAUCUGAGCAGAGAUUUUGUAAAAACUGCGCACAUCCAGUUGAUCAAGCAUGGUUUUGGUCUGGGAAAUGUGGAAAAUGUGGAACAACGUGUCCAGAGGGGCAGAAUCUUUGUGCAACAUGUAGUAUGGCGCAAACAUCAGGAAUCAACACUGAUACAGAACACAGACAAGAUGUAUCUAGGAUGGUCAUACUUGUAAAUAAACACACUGAUGUUUCAGACUCUUUGACUCACAAGCCAACAAAUGAAUUAAUCAACACUGGUGGUGAAGUGAAAGAAACAAUUGUACAACAUAUUUCUGUAGAAGAGGCCUCUAACGAACGACAACAAGAAACAAUGGAAAUCAUACACAAUUCUGAGACAAUUAUUCCAGAACACCAACAAGAAGAUCAACAAUCGAAACGUGGAAUAUCCACAGAUACCACAGAGAAUAAUCCUUUAGAAGAAACCAUUGAUAAUCCAAACCCUAAUAUCGUGAACCAACUAAAUUCUGUUGAGAACGCUGAAGCUGACAUGCCUACACCAGCAGGUUUUUCUGAAACAAUUGCAGAGAACGUAGACGCAAUUUCUACAAAACUGAUGUCCGAUAUGGAAGUGGAUUUGGACGGACCAAAGGGAGAAAGCUUAGAAAGCAGUGAGACAGAUCCUGUGCCUUCAAGAAAUGAUCAAAAAGGGGAAACCAUGACUGAAACAGAGAACAAUGACAUAGUUGACGACAACACAACCAAUCAUUUCAAUGAUUACUCAAAAAAAGAAACUGAAACAGAUAGUCUUUCACAUGAUGUGACUCAUGACAGUGAAGAUGAUUCAUCUGGAUCAGAUUCAGAUGAUGAUACAAUCGGACCAGAUUCAAUAGCAGGCGAUGAGUGCAGUAAUCCGAGUCUUGGUGACAAAGACUCUGAAAACAGAUCGAAAAAGGGUAAGAAACGCCGUGGUGCAAGGAAGUCCAAAAUAAAGAAAAAACAGAAACAGGAGAAAAAGAAUGCAAAAAUACGAUCAAAUAAUCCUGUAAAACAGAAGAACUCAGAUGAUUCUAGUUCACAUGCUGAAAAAGCAGUUACCUUGACUGAUAAGAAAGGUGAUGUUACAAGCAAAGAUGAACCAGUUUUUGGCAUGGCUCUUCGAUCAAGAACAAAUAGCAGCUUAGUUGAAAGUUCUAAUGUUGACACUGGAAAAACAGAAAAUGUAGAAAAACAGUUACCAACAUUUUUUGAAGAUUUGAACCUUAACAAACCUUCAGCCGUUUCAUCAAGCAAAGAUCAGGGAGCGAAAUCCAAAAUGGCUACCGAAACAUCAGAUGGGGAAAAGACCACAAAGGAUAAAAGAAAUUUAAAGGAUCAGCAAAAAGGUCAAGGCGACAAGAAUAUACAAGAAAAAAGAAAUCUUCAAAAUGAAGAUUGUAUUAAAGUGAUUUUUCAUGUGAUGAUAUCAAAGAAGCUUCAUGGAGAAGAAUCAAAUAAGGUUUUACUCAAAUUCGAUUCAGUUCCGCUAGGAGAGUGGAAGAGCGUAAAUCAUGUUGCAAAGCCAGGAAGAACAUUUGAGAAGCAUAUUGAGUACAGUUAUGAGCUCCUGAUACCCAGACAUUUAUUGUCUUCUGGAAUCAUGUACAAAUAUUGCAUUUGGAAGGGCAGUUUAUUUGAAUUUGAACACUAUUAUGAUUCCACUUCAUGGCAAGAUAUUCAUGACAGAGGUUUGAAUGUUCAAAUGGAAAGGAUCGCUAAAAAAGAAAUAUGGCAUCAGUAUGAUGGUGUGGCCUUUGAAGCUCCGCCAAAGAAUGUCUUGAAAAAUAUGUAUCAUACUUGGAAAGGUACAUUUAAAAAAAAAAGUCUUGAAAAUAUGGAAACGUUUGUGUCGCACUUCCGUCCAGAAUGGUUUGCCCACGCAGCUUACUCAGUCUCAGAAUCUUUUCAGGAGUCUUUGGAAAAAUUAGAUUCUCUUGUAUUUUGUUUGCGAAACAUGUAUUUUAUCCAUGCAAAGUGCUUUCAAUCUGAUAAUGACUUCAGACAACAGAUGGGCACUCUUCUUUUUGGAAAUGUUAUUGAUGAUCUACACAAACAAAUUAACAGUAAAGAACAAAGAAAGGCACAUAUUAUGAAAGCUGUUGGGAUUGCUAUAGCCUGGAACAGAAAUCAACUCGUGCUUACUACACCUCAGUGGCAAGCACUGUGCAGAUGUUUACUCCUCUCUCCUGACCCCGAAACAAAGACAUGCUUAGAGAUGACGGAUAUUCUCACUAUGUCCACAAAAGAUGGCUUAAAAAGAGCUGUGGUAAACCUAGUGAAAUGCAAAUCAGAUAUUGAAAAGAAUCCAUCUUGGAUGUUCUGUUUGCCUUUGCUGCAUUUUGUAACCGAUGUGUGUAUGCCAUACGAAGAGUUAGAAAUGGAUUUAGCGCAUGCGGCAAAAAUACCAAAAUGGUGGGGAACUGUUGAUAUUGAAAAGGAUGUUGAAAUGUUCAAGAAGAGCAAACAGAAAUGGACUAUACCACUUGACCAAGUCUUGAAGUUGCUUCAACCACUCUUUGAGAUGGACCCUUACCUGCCCAGGAGUAUUGUGGCAGCCCUGGAGCCAGCAGAAUUGCAAACUUUGUGUGGAUCAGAAUUAUUUCCAAUAGAAGUGUGCUUGGCUUCGUUACUUUAUUGGAGUUUAGCUACAAACCCAAGAUUCCCAUCAAAAAAUAUGUUCACCCUGGAUAUUACUGACUCAACAGAAAGGAUUGUAGUCCAAUGUCUAUGGUUGUGCGUACUUCGUUUGAAGGAUUAUGCUGUGCAGGGCUCAGAGUCGUUAACAAGGUGGACAAUGGCCUACAAAAUAGGAGUGGAAGGUGUAGAAAAAAUGUUCGAGUCAGACAGGGUAGCAAAAAUUUCAUACUGGUGCAACAUCUUCGUUUGGUGCAUAUCUGUCCAUUCUCGGAUAUCAAAACCAGAUGAUAGGACGCAGAUGAAGGUUGAUUACAAAUCACAAAUAUUUGCUGUCGCUGGAAACGCAACCAAUUGGAUGCGCGAGUAUACCAAAUGGCAAUGGAAUACACAUUUUCCAUUGUACUUACAGGUUUGGACAUUUGCGUUUGUUCCAUUUGAUGGAGACCUAAUUUUGCAGUGGAAUGCUUAUGUAGGCAUCCAACUUCAAACCCAGCUGAAGAAUCAGUUUUCACAGUGGUCUGAGAUGAAAUCCUCAUAUAUUGCCUAUUUCUGCCAAAACGUUGAACAAUUUUCGAAACCCAUGCAGGAAUCUUUGACAAGCUUAGCUAGUGAGGCAAUUGAUGGCGGUUACAUGGUGGAUGUUUCCAGGAUGGAUUCAUCAGGCAAACAGCGACUUAAGACGUUGAUGACAUCAUUGUUUGAGAGGAAAUGGAAAGCAGAAAUACAGAAUGAAGCUGACUCUUAUAAAAUACUACAUAUGACUUUAACAUGGCCACCCAUUCAACUUUUCCUUAAAAACAGAAAUGACGUGAAAGACAACCAGCUGUUGUUGAUAGACGCUCAAGAAAAUCUAAACUUGGUCAUAACAAUAUGCCAUAGUAGUUGGGAGUCUCUUGUCAAUGGAAACAUUGAAAUAGGACUGUUACGCUUUAUCAGUUUGAACGUUAGCGUAUUUUCGUCUGUAAUGACUGCUUUACUUCCAAACGAAAAAGACGGACACUUUGGUCAGACAGUACAUAUGAGAAUGGCUGAGUUAGAAGCAUUUGUAACUCAAUCAAAACAGAUGUCGGUACUUGUGAACCACUGUCAGCAUGUGAAAGGAGUUGAUACUACCGAGGUAGAUAUGAUUUUGUCCUUGGCUGCAAACGAAUUAGAGACACAAUCGCUGAAAGCAUUUUGUCAACCAGCUGGUAUCGAUGCAUCUCAGGCUUUUCCCAAGCCAAAACUGAUUGCAUUCAAAGUUCCUCAAAAAGUGCUUGAUAUACUGGAAUCAAUUGCAAGACUCGAAAAAAGCUACGUCUUUGAACGGAUGUGGAAAGCCGUCUGUAACAAGAAUGGACAUCUCUGUAAAACUUUGCCAGAUGUUGUGGAUGCUGUAUGGAAGCAUGUUGAAAAUGGAUGGAAAGAAUUCGGACGGAAACUUGCACAGGGCGACAUCUUGUUCCAAGAAUUCGAAAAAACAUUUUCUGCUUUUCAAGACCUGGAUGAUCGUUUGAUUCGCGAGAUCACAGUUUUCGGAAUUUCGGAAGACAUUGCGUUUAAACGUAUACACCAGUUACAGGAACAUAGACAAUUGGUGUCAUGCGUCAGUGGUGCACAAGUGUUGUUGAAAGUUCAGCGUAAAUAUCAUCUGCAUGGCGAUUUUAAGCCUAUCAAAACAAUAGCUCAACACAUAGAUCAACAUUUCAAGAUGAAAGAUUUUGACGACAAACUUAUGGAGACUUUCAAAGUGUUGAAGUGUAUAAAUAAAAAGAAGGUCAAUUGCUUGGAAAUCUUUCUCCAGUGUGACAAACUUGUGCAAUGGCUUAAAGAUUCUAUGCAAACAUCUGGUCAAAAAGAGUUAAAAGUGUUUGUGGACUUGGCCAUGAUGUCGGCUGGAGAUGAACCGCUGAACAUCAAAAAGGUUCAGUGUCUGCACUCUGCAGUGCUUGGAUAUUCACCACUCAUUUUCGAGCUCCAUCCUGAGUGUGAUUAUAGCAUGUUGAUAGACAAGUGUAGAGUUGUGUGGAAAGAACUUGAUGCCAAUCCAAAUUUACCCCAACAGCUGAUUGACACCGACAGAGAACUUCCUUGGCUGAAGGAAAUCAAGAAAGCACAUGGCUCAGUUGAAGUUACAUCCCUAAUGCAAGCUGAUGCAAUAAACAGUUACGGCGUUUACAUGGUUGGGCUAAUUUCUGGGACGGAAAGCUCGCCCAAUGACAUUAUGACAAGAAAUGUUAUCAAAUUAACGGUACCAGAAAAAGAACACGAACGUCAGUUUAGAAGCUACACCUUCUCACAGUUACAAGAUCUUCAAAGUCGGUUGAUGUUGGUGGCUGGCAAAAGUACACAUGACAAGAAAGAUGUCACAGUCGAUGUAGAAAAGUUUACCUUGGUGUUUGACAGUGUGACUCGUCUGGGUAAUGUGUUUAGAAAACUGUGUUCCACAGGCUGUGUGUUGUUCAAUAGUUGGGAAGCGACAUUCAUGUGCAAUACCUCACGACCUGUUUGCGUCAUCCUGUCAUUCGGGGCAGGAAAUGAUGUGCCAAAAUUAAAGGGUGGAGUUUCCAAGACAGAAGGUUUGCAAAACGUCAUUCCGGAACUUGCAAAAUUCAUGGAGACUUGUUUAAAUGAAUGGUUGGACUAUAUCAGAACAAAACGAGUCGAGUAUUUCCACCUGAACUAUUUUACGGUUGACCAGCUAGUCAUUCUCCAACGAGAGCUUGUGAAAGUUGGAUCAGGCACUGCGCCAACGAAUCAUAUUUACCCGCUGUUGUCAGCUGUGAGACAUGAUUGCACUCCAGCUGAUUUAGUGGCAGCUUUAACCCUUGCCAAAGAGGAAGUAGAUAAUCGAACUCGUGAACAGGACAUUGAAAUCUAUAUAAGAACACAAGAACAAGAAAUGACUGAUGCUAACAAUACAUCAUAUCUGGAAGAGAAGAAAACCUCAUUUGUUUGUGAACUGGUUGCUGCAGGGAUAGACGAAUCCCUUGCACUUCGAGCAAUCGAUCAUGUUGAAGUAAAAGAUAUUGAAUUAAAGGACGUUACACAAGCAUUGUUAUGGUGCAUGGAAGAAGGGGAAACACAACAGAGCACCAGCGCAAUGGAUUAUGAUAAUGAUGUAGAAGAAAGAGACGAAUACCAAAAUCCUACGAAGUCAUUUUCUGGCUGGAAUGAUUCAGCUUCUACACUGGCCUCUAUUAUAAAAGCAAACUUGAGCAAAAUUCAUGAACACAGUGCGGGUGUAGCUGAACUGAUACAGGGUCUGUCAGAACUCUGGAAGAGCUUCCUGGGCUCUAUCUCGUCCAAUAUCAGUGACUAUCUCAGUCUCGAGUACUUGGGCAUUGUCCUGAAGCAUCUUGCAGAGCAGGAGACAGUUCACAGAAAACUAGGAACUAGCUACAAUGAGGGAGAGCCAAAUCUUAUUAUAUGUCCUACAGAGGACAUAUUAAAUGUGACACUCUCGAUCUACAUGCAUGACAAAGAGCAACCUCUUCCGUCGUCGGACGAAGUAUUGGUGUGUUCAGCUUUGACGUCAAGGGACGAGUUGGAUAUAUUUUGGCGCCGGGCAAUAUUUGGAGCUGGGGGAAAGAUCCAUUGUCUCGUGAAUGCAGAUUUGUUGGACUACGAUGUAAGUGAGACUGCAGAGCAAAACUUAGAGGAAUACAUUGCAGAGACAAAGCACUUGCCAGAUUUGAAGUACCGAUUGUUUGUAAUAUGCGGGUCGGACAAUGAAUACCGCUCCCCAUUUGUAUCGUCUCUGGACAAGUAUGUUCGACAGGUGCAAACCGUCAGUCCGGCAUUGCUGAAGGAAUAUGUUGCAGAAAAAUUAGUUGUCCCCCGAACCAAAACACUGUCCGCUUCAAGUGUUGACUUUAAUAGGUCUUCGGCACGUGUUGUCAAAUCGAGUAGGGCAGGUGUAGGAAAAAGCUUGUAUGUGAAACGCCGAGCUGAAGCGCUUGAGAUUCAAUUUGGCCAUAAGUCGAAGAAUCUAGAUACAAAACUAGUGUCCAUACCAUUACAAGAAAAGCACAUUGACACCCAUGAAGUGAUUCAGAUAUUACUUCAACAUACACCAACACCAGGGGUAAAGACUGCCAGGAUAUUUCAUAUUGACAUCUCACACGAGGUGCAAGAAGGAAUCGACUUUCUUCUGUUCAAUCUUCUGAUCUUGAACUGCCUGAUGGAUAAGAACGGCUAUGUAUGGAGAAGGAGCGUAGACGACGCAUGUUUGAUCGAAACAAUGCCAAUCAUGAAAAUGACCCAUGAAAAACAUGAGAUGCAGUACGCACAUCCGAUGUUUGACAUACUGCCAGACGUGACAUGUAGAUCACCAGAAGAGAGCUUUGGUGUAUAUUCUGGCGAUGCACGCACCAAACCAAGAGACUUCAAAAUGACGGACCAGCUUUUUGACGAAAAGCAGUUUCGAAGUCCGGUAUUCCAGCGCACGUUCCAAUAUCUUCAACGACUCGACACCGGUAGAAACAUGAAUGAUGUCAACCCUGGUAAUCCUGAAGGGGAUCCCAAAUCGUGCUUGCAGGUUGUGUUACGACGAUGUGGUGUGCAAAACCCAUCAUGGUCUGAGCUGCAUCACUUUGUGUGGUUCCUCAACACUCAACUUGUGGACUUCGAACAAAAUCAGUUCGUAAGCGUUGCUGCAGCAGAAGACUUGCCUGGAUUUGCAAUUUUUGUGAUGCGAUUCCUUAUGCAGAUGUCAAAGGACUUUUCAACGCGGUCGCUAAAGAUUAGCGAGGAGUCGCCGGGUUGUGCGCCAUUGGAUGACAUGAAUGAAGAGGAAGAGGAAGAUGACGACACUGUCUUGAACCGCUUAUCAUUGAGACGAACUUGGGAAAGCAGUCCCCAUCCCUACCUGUUUUUCAACUCAGAUCGUAACACUUUCACUUUUUUGGGAUUUUUUAUUGAACGAGCGACGGGGAAUUUAAGAGAUCAGCUGACUGGUCAGUUAUUGGAACAAGGGAUCAUGGCCCAGAAUUUGUAUGAUGCAUUGGUGGGGAAUCGUGCACCAUUACAAGAGAACUUUGACAGUCUUCCAAGAGACCAGAAGAUACUAAAAUUGUGCAACAUUAUGGGCAUAGAAUUCCCGCAUGACCCAGACAGUACCUAUGAACUUACAACAGACAACGUGAAGAAAGUCAUGGCAAUCUAUAUGAGAUUCCGGUGUGAUAUUCCUGUCAUCGUAAUGGGUGAAACUGGAUGUGGUAAAACAAGGCUAGUCAAGUUCAUGUGUGCGUUGCAGUGUCCCCCGGGGGUUGAAAUAAAAAACAUGAUCCUCAUGAAGGUGCAUGGUGGGACAACGAAAGAUGACAUAAAAAGAAAAGUGCACUCGGCAGAAAGGAUCGCAAAGAAAAAUGUGGAUGACUUCGGUAUUCACAUGUACACUGUGUUGUUCUUUGAUGAAGCAAACACUACUGAGGCAAUUGGAAUAAUAAAAGAAAUCAUGUGCGAUAAAGCCAUUUGUGGAGAACCUCUGAAAUUGUGCCAGAACUUAAAAAUGAUUGCUGCAUGUAACCCAUACAGAAAACACCCAGAAGAGCUGAUUAAGAAGCUUGAGCAAGCAGGUCUUGGAUACCACGUUGACGCGGACGAAACAACAGAUAGACUUGGACGAGUGCCAAUGAGACGUCUGGUUUACAGAGUCCAACCACUUCCACAAAGUUUGCUACCACUUGUGUGGGAUUUCGGACAGCUGAACACUGACGUUGAGAAAUUGUACAUAUGCCAGAUGGUUAAAAGAGCAGUGGUUGAACAACGUCUGCCAAAUAAACCCGGCCUUGUGGAAGUAGUAAGCAGUGUUCUUGCAACGUCACAGAAAUACAUGCGGGAUCAGAAGGAUGAAUGCAGUUUCGUAUCAUUGAGAGACGCAGAGCGGGUGCUGAUGGUCAUGGCCUGGUUUUAUGAACAGGCAAAUACCAACAGAUUCCUGUUUAACGCCAUGGAUGACCUGUUUAACGCCAUGGAUGACACGAUAGAAGAGAAUGAUGAAGAUGAAACCGACGAAGAUGAUGAAAAUGAAGUGAAUAGACUUGAUGAUUUGACGCGAUGCCUUGUUCUUGCAAUUGGCGUCUGCUAUCACGCUUGUUUAAAAACAAGAAGUGCAUACAGAAGAACAGUUGCAGCUGAAUUUAGAGAACCAUGCACUUUGCCAAAUGGUGCCGAACAAAUAUUGGAAGAAAUAGAAUGUUGCCAAGACGUAUUCCUGGACAAUGUGAAACUAGACGAUAACAUCGCCCGCAACACGGCCUUAAAAGAGAACGUCUUUAUGAUGGUUGUGUGCAUCGAGCUGCGAAUACCUUUGUUUCUUGUGGGAAAACCCGGGAGUUCGAAGUCCCUUGCGAAGACCAUAGUCGCCGAUGCUAUGCAGGGAAAUAGCGCCCGACAUCAGCUCUUCAAACAUCUGAAACAGGUCCAGAUGGUCUCUUUUCAAUGCAGUCCGUUAUCCACACCAGAUGGUAUUGUUGGAACCUUCCGACAGUGUGCAGAGUUUCAGAAAGAUAAGGAUCCAGAUACGUUUGUGUCUGCUGUUGUUCUGGAUGAGGUCGGACUAGCAGAAGACAGCCCACGCAUGCCACUGAAGACACUUCAUCCACUUUUGGAAGAUGGGUGCCAAGGUGAAGAAACUCCGGAACGGUACAAAAAAGUUGCCUUCAUCGGUAUCUCAAACUGGGCUUUGGAUCCCGCCAAGAUGAACAGAGGGAUCCUGGUGCAGAGGGAAGUCCCAGAUCUGGAAGAAUUGAUCACUAGCGCAAAAGGCAUUUGCAAAACAACCGAAGACGUCGAAUCAUUUUUGGAACCUUUUAUUGAACCAUUGUCAAAAGCCUAUCUGAAGAUAUUUAAAAGGGCCUCGGACAGGAUGCGCGAGUUUUAUGGACUCCGCGAUUUUUACAGUUUGGUGAAAAUGGUGUAUGGCUUUGUGGCCAAGAACAAACGGAAGCCUACAUGGUUGGAAAUGCUUCAUGCAAUCAAGAGGAACUUUGGAGGGCUAGAUCUGGUGGACCCCGAAGGAUGCUUCAAAAGAUACCUUGGAAGUGUUAUGCAUUGUAACCCUGAUCCAAGACAGGAAGGUCCUGAUUGUAGCGCUAAAGGACUUAUUGAAGCGUGUCUCUUUGAUUCAUUGAAGUCACAUGGGGAAAGUCGAUAUCUUCUACUGCUGACCGAUAACUAUGGGGCAUUGUCCAUUAUCCAGCAACAAAUCCUGUCCAAGAGAAGUGAAAUUCGGCCAAUCACCAUCUUUGGAAGCAGUUUCCGCAGUGAUCAGGAAUACACUCAGGUUUGCCGAAACAUCAACAAAAUCAAGGUCUGCAUGGAGACGGGUAACACGGUUGUAUUACUGAACUUGGAGAAUCUGUACGAAAGUUUGUACGACGCAUUGAAUCAGUACUAUUUGUACUUUGGAGGAGAGAGAUAUGUGGAUCUUGGCCUGGGAACACACCGUGUGAAAUGUCCAGUUCAUAAGAACUUCAGAUUAAUCGUCGUUGCCGAGAAACAAACAGUUUACAAAAAGUUUCCAAUCCCACUCAUCAAUCGACUUGAGAAACAUUUCCUCGCAGUGAACACGAUUUUGGAUGGGCGACAGCUUGACCUUGCAAAGAAACUGCGGGCCUGGGCCGAGGCGUUUGCAGAUGAACCUUUAAACACGAUUACCAGUCGUUCUAAGCGUCAAAUGCCAGUAGGAGAAGUUUUCAUUGGAUUUCAUGAAGACACAUGUUCUGCUAUUGUCAUGGAUGUGUGUGAAAAACAUGAAGGCAAUCAAGACUUAUUGUCUGAUGAACAGGUACUUGAAGAAUCAAAGAAGGUCCUUUUAUGGUGCGCCACACCCGAAGCCAUUUUUCGGGAGAACAAACUUGACGGGACCGAGCGAGAAAACAUUAAGAGGCAUUACAUAAAGGAGCAAGCCCAUAUUAGUGUUGUUGAUUACUUGAAACAUAUGAUCGAGGAAAUAACAUGCCCUCAGCUAUUUUCACAGAUAACGUGUCAUUCUAAACUGUUGGCUUCAAACCACGAGAAAGAGAUCAAUAACGCCAUCUCCUCUCUGCAACGCGUCGAAAUCCUUUCAUUGUCCUCAUUUGACACAGAACAGCAGUUUAGUAAUCGAGUCGCGCAACAUUUUGUUUCCAAUCGGAAUCAGGCCAGCCUACUGGUUAUACAGUGCGAUUCUGGUGAUACGAACUCUAACUUGAUAGCGUGUGCACGGUACUGUGUGAUGGACGAGUUUGAAAAGGAACGGGAUCGCUUGAAGGCUCCGUCUCACAUCGCCAUAAUUGUUCAACUGCCAAGAAAGGCUGGCGGAUGCUACACAGGAUUCCAGUGUGGUGUAUGGCAAUCGGUUCAUAUUGAUGAUUUGUACCCUGAAGAUACGAGUCUACCAAGUAUUCAUGACAUCCAAGAAAAAGCCGUCAGCGAACUAUUUUCCGCAACUCGUCGUCACGAAGCACACAUUCCUAGUCCAACAGAACCAAUGGAAACAGAGUCAGGUGGUGAACAUCCAUACGAAGAACUUACACGCCAUACUAUGGAAGUUGACGAAGACCCCCAUGCCGAUAUGGAAAUGCAAGAGGGUCAAAUAAAAAACAGAAUGGGACUGAUCAUGAAAUGCGUUCAGCCUGCUCUUUCAAUGGUGAAAGAUCGAGCGAGUAUGUAUCAAAGAGAAACAAAACGCGUGGAUAUUGUAUUGAACUCUCUGCGAAGCAGUGCUGACUCACACGAAGAGACAUUUACUGCUGGAAUCAUCCGAUGGCUUGGCACAUUAAUGAAAGAGAAAGAGAAAUCUGGACUUUGGAACCUCGCCAAGCAGUGGAUCGCCAAAGAUGCCGCUGCCAUAGAAAGCAUCAAUAAGAACGGGACAUUUCGACGAUCUGUUUAUCAAACGAUCGUAUCAAAAGUGAAGCCAGUGCUAGCUGGAAUAUUUGCGCUCCUGGACACCAACAGCAACCUAGAUAUGGUCGUAUGUGAUGUAUCUUGGAAACGGAAUUUUUGGCUCAAAUGUCUUAACCAUAAAGAUUUUCUGCAGAUGAAGUACUCAGACUUGCAGUCACCGAAGCGUAAAAGUGAGCUUGGAGAAAUGCUAGUUCCAUCAACUGGAUUUGAAGGACAUCACUUCAAACUAAGAUUUCCAUUCUCCUGGAUGAUACUAGAGACAGUUGAAACUUUAUUCGUGGACCUUGUGUUUGAAGAAGAUGCGACCGAUCGACUAGAAAGAUGUGUCAUAGGCUUGAGGUCUGGAGCAACUGGCCACAUGCUUUCUGAACUGGGCGCUCUAUUGGUUGAUUGUCAGGACAAUGCAUUGGGCAACAGUUCUAGCCCCACUUUCCAUGAAGUGAUGGAAGACUACAUUCAUGACUUUGUAAAAACUGUGUAUAACGCUGAACGAGAAACGGAACUCAAUAUUGUGUGCAGAAUGAUUAUGUUCAAAACUGUAAAGCUUUGUGAGUCACAAGGAGCAAAGACCUCUGAUCUUAUUCGUCACAUUGUAAGCGUCCGGUUUGCCUUCCAGGAAUUAUCGUGCCGAUUGGCAUACUUCAAAAGUGUGAACCACAUUUGGCCAGACUGCAGUGCAAAGAUAGAAGAAAUACAACAAUCCAAUCCUGAGCAUAUUAUGUUCAAAGAACACGAGUUUACAUUCGCCACGCUGUGCCUUCUUAUCGGGGAGCUGAAUCCUUCAGCGAAAGAUUUAGAGGACAGAAGCGAACAACUCAAAUGGCUUGAAAGGGUGUAUCGUUAUCGACCAGUUGUAGAAACGAUCCUUCAACUUCGAGGCGAGGAUGGUUCACUUUAUGGCCAACACAGUUUUGCCUCUGUCAAAAGGGCAAAGUGCAUGUGGAGUCGUGUUGUGGUGAUGAAAUUAUUCCUGGAGAACGUUUGCAAGAAAGAUACUAAGGGCAACAUAACAAUCAAGCACUGUAGACCUUUGUGGGCGCUGCUUGGGGAUGAAACCGACUUCAAAGAAUCAAAAUCUUUAACGGCUAUGGAAAAGUUCCUUAAAAUGUGUAACAAGACUGCCGUGAAAGACAGUAUUGGGUCCGAAGUAAAAUGUAGCCGCUGCGAAGAGUUACUGCAGAGUGCACCCAUCUCGGUACCUUGUGCAGCCAGACACAUCAUUUGUUAUACAUGCUCUGUCGAAAUGAAAGCUCUUCGAGAGCGUAAAUGCCCAGAUUGUAACGAGGAAUUCGACGAUCAAUGGAAGCCUGUAGUUGACGAAACUAGAAAGAUUGGGAACGAGAAGCUGGAGAAAUACCAACAGCAGUGUAACACAUUCUUUUUGGAGGUUGUUACACAACUGUGCUUUGCUGAUGAGGAGCCACCGUCGGAAGAAGUUCUUGGCAAGCUGCUGGGAUACGUGACUUGCACUUCCAAAGAGGGAAGACGGUACACAAAGAACAUGAAUAUAUUUGACACGGGCGUCGAUCCCAACCCAGUUUUCCGAUCAUUCCUGCUGCAGUUGAUGAUGAAAUCUAGCAAAGAGCGAUAUGUUUCAACAUAUCUUCUCCAGUACAUUGAAGAGAUCAAUUUGGGUGUAGACGUCAGCACCAAAGAGAUGAUAGACAUGUAUUUGCUCAUCAUACACUGUUGGGAGGAUACACAAUUUCAUUCUUUGGAGCAAAGUGGAGAGUCAAAAGCGCUGAUUGUUUGCCAUGCUAUGGAAAACGCUGUCAUAGUAAUGAAAACUCCUGCAGUACAUCAUACUGACUUGUUGUCAGCCAUAGCAACAACUAGAGCUUGUUUAGAAGUAGCAACACAGUGCCUCGUAAGAUGCUUAUCUCAUGGUGCUAGCAUUCAAACAAUAUCACCCGACGAUUGUAAAAUAAUACAGAAAGCUAAAUUUCUGUGCGAAAAUGCAGAGACGAAUUGGCCAAAGGUAUACUUGGUGAAACUGUUGUGUCGACGGUAUGGAUUAGAUGUGUAUCAGAAUUUGUCACGGUCAGCGUUACCCAUCUUUAAAUGGCUGGCCAUUGAAGACAACGAAAAACAGACGGAGGUUUGUGACAGGUACAUUAUAUGCGGCGAUGCGUACACAAGUAUAAGGGAAGCAAUUGCAAGAGCUGUUCUUGGCGAAGCCAUUGAAACACUAGACGAAUUACUGCAGGGCAUUAACACGCGAGGAGAGCAAGUCGAAACAUACUUGCAUCUGGCCAUACACCGAGAGAUAACGUGCUCAAAUGUACGGCAAUCUGCGAGUGGUCCUUCGCAUGGUUUGCCAAAACUAAAUGAAUAUCUAGCGGCUGCCAAUGUAAUUCAAGACAAGGAUCUGACCGGACGAUUGGUUAAAAAUGACCUAAAUCCAGAUUUCCUUGAGAUGAAGCCAGGAAAUGAUCUAAUGCACCAAGGGUUACAGUGUUUACUUGCUCAUUUCCACAUUGUAAUGUCAAAACUUCAAACAGACUCAACACUUCUUGAUCCAUUAAUAAUGUUCACAAACGGAAAUCCUACAAUACAGAGCAUGUUGUUGCCAACCAUGCCACAGGACGAUCUGGAAGAGAUCCAAGCUGCUGUCCUCGCAAAUCGAGGAGGCGACAACCCUGUUUUCUAUCGUUGUCCGAAUGGUCAUCCUUACUACAUAGGCGACUGUGGUCGGCCUUACGUGGUUGGAAACUGUCCUGAGUGUCGCCAGCAGAUCGGCGGGACCAGUCAUCAGGCUUUACAAGGAAAUGUUGUUAACGCAAGAGGUGAUUCAACACAGACCGGACACAUACUGGGUCGAGCCAUUCGAGACGGAGUUAUGAGACCUGAACGGGACUUGAAUCCUACCUAUUGUACAGCUACAAGACUGUUCCUCCACAUGGCCAUGUAUCUUGGUCCUGUUCAACAGGUGAACACUGUUAUAAACCCUGAUCUUGAAGAUAAUCAGGUACCCGGUUUUUUGUUGGAUCACAUCAGAAGUAACAUAAACGAUUUACAACGAGCUCUUGGACGAAGCGGAGACGAUGUCCUUCUACUCAUGCACAUUGCGAUAAACAUUAUGAUGAGGAAGAAAGAAACAAGGGUAUUACAAUCAGUAGCCAGAUUGUCCUCGAAAGCUGAUCGAAAAGCAUGGGAAGCUGAGUUUUCUGCCCAAAUUCUACACGACGUUCUUGGGAAUGUGGAUGCUUUGCUAAGAAACUGGAAUUAUCGUCUUUCAACAGACCAAAGAUUGGGGGCUGAUCCUUUGAUGUGCCUCAUAUACGAAACCGAUAGUAACCAAGAACUCGAGGACGCCAACCAGCUGUUAAACAUUCCAAGAAUGUGGAGAUUCCGAACACCAAUUACAAUAGAGCACAUGCGCCAGACCCUCGAGUCCAAAGGUCAAGAUUGGACCAAGACAAAGCAACCUCUUGUCCUUCAGCGCUUCAUGAAUGAAGACUGCCUGCUGGUUGCCCUCAGAUAUGUACCAAAUAUUCUCCGACUUCAACGCGCUCUACUCCAAAAAUACCAGAAGAAACUGGACAAAACUGAAGCGAACUCGAUCAAAGUAAAAGAUUUAAAGAAAGAGCGCUUAGUUGGUCUUGAAACUGAACGAUGGAUAAAUGAUUUCGCUUGUGCGUGGGAGAUUACAAGGAAAACCCUGGAACAAUACGGUUGCCCUACCGAGUUUGGACGUAUGUAUGUUCCGAAAGAGUUUUGCAACCAGAGCAUACUUGAUGACACACCACUGGCAGUUUUCCUUCCGUCAACUAGUGGUCCUGGGCUGUGUUCGUAUACCAUGCUGGAUUUUCUCUUCCGGAAACAGAAUGGAUUCUUAGAUAGCUACAUUCGGGAAUCCGGAAGGAAAGACACGAAACCUCCUUCCAUCAAACCAAUGGCCGUAACAUCAGCCCAUCUGAUCAGCUACAGCCAUGAACAAGACCUCAUGCCCCUGGUGUUGGCCAACUGUCACUACUCCUUCGAGAUGGGAGUCGGGACCAAGAUUGAGUAUGACUUUGCUGGCAUGGAAAAACAGCUUAUGGACAGGCUUCUUUACUCAAAGUCAAUGAUAGAAUUUGACCGUUUUUUGGAGAUCGAUCAGAUGAUCUACAGGACUGAGGUUACGAAUCAAACCGUUUUUAUGAAGCUUGCAGAGAGGAUUCCGCAGAGUCAUUUAAAUGGAGCAGUGCGCGCUCAAAUAUGUGAAGAAUUACGACAACUGCCUGACGUGUGCAGAUCCCUCGAUAACCUGGAUAUUGCUAUCAGCUUUCUAAAAACAACUGGCGGACAUCCCUCAGCACAGCUGAUCACAUUUAUGGUUGAGACCCUGCAGAUUGAAAAUGCCAUGUUAAGUCAAAAGGCCCGCCAGUGCUGUGAGCUGCAGCAUGCAAGGGCACUGUGGCUUCUGUUGUCAUUCCAAAAAUCUAAAAUGCUGAUCGACUAUCGACAGAGUACAGAGGAGGUGUUUGAAACUCUACAAGAUGACAUGUACGAAGAUAUGGACGCUGAAUUGCAAGCCGGCUUCGUAGACUACAUGAACAACCUAAGUGUUGAUAAACUUGCGACCAUAUUGGAAGUAAUGCAUGAAUUCCUGCUACUCAGCGUUUCUAUCCGCCAAAAUGCUGAAGACGAGGACUUUAUUGACACCACCAGAUAUGUAUUUAUUGAUGGCUUGCGGGAGUAUAUUAACCAGAGUGAAUCUGUUUUGGCGAUAGAAUCUGCAACAUUGGAGGACUUCCCGAAGGGCAUCUUGUACAAACAUGGAGCAAAAGCCUGGGUAUUGGCUUAUACAACCUUGGCCAGAAAAAUAGGGAACCGGAGGCGGUACUGAAUAACUAUAUUUGGAGACUGACUAAUACGGAUUUCAAUAAAUGAACUUGAUUAACAUUUGUUCGAGCAAUUGUUGUGUUAGAGAUUAGAAACUGUGAUAUGAAAAUUUGAUUUAUUUUUGUGUUUUUAUUUUAAUGUUGUUGCAGAUACAUGUAUAACAUGUAAUCAUCACGAAAUAGUUUUAAUGGACUGUUGCUGUCCAAUAUUUAUCUUGCUUUUCUAUUUAUUGUUUGUAAAAAAAGUACACAUGCCACUUUUUGUUGACACAAUAUGAUUUAUCCAAUUGUGUGUUGUUAUGUAUGUAGAACAUUAUGUCGCAGUUCGUAAAUUGACUGUCAAUUUUGUGGUAAAAUCACAGCCAUUUAAGUUACUGCCUGGUUACAUGAUAUAAGCUAUUUUUGGUAAAUAUAUACUGAUUGCAUCACCUGCUUUUCAGUCCAAUAUAACCCUUUUAUUUGAUGUGUCCGUUUGAUUAAGAUUGCAAAUAUCUUAUUCUUAUUGUUUUUUCUGCUUUAUUAAUGUAUGUUAGUAUUCUGAUGUCCAUAAAUCCAGUUUUGAAUGUUAAGGGCGAUUUGAUUGUUUCAAUGUAUGUGAUGAGUUUAAUUGUAAGUUGAAUAAGAAACAUGUGUCCGUGUUUGACAACAUGUUUUCCAAAAUCUUUUCCCGUAUGAUCACUGUAUAACAUAUACACGAAUUUUCCAUUUAAUUGUGUUUGCAAAUUUGACAAUUUUAUAAUUUUUAUUUAACAGAAGUUUCAUGUUAAUGAGUAGCGGAUGCGUUUCAGACAAUUAACCAUAGAAUUAGCUUUCAACAAUAAUCAACCUCGUGUUAGCUUCGUGCAGAAUUAUUGUUCAUUGAUAUGCAAUUUCUUAUUAGUUUAGAUGGUGAGAAAACAUUUUAACAUUGUUCUAUUGUGCAAGGUAUAACAUGCACGAAAUUAUGUUUUUGAAAACUCGUUUUGCGUCAUGCGCUUUUUCAGUUCCACAUCUGCGCACUGGAAGUAUUUGGAGGGAAAGUGCGUAAAAGAGUUCGUGUAUUGUUUAACUGUGCAAUAUGCCCAUUAUUUUUGUUCUUGUUUUCUUCUUAUUACUUGAGGAUAUUUUAAGUUGUACGUUUAAUGUUAUUGCAAUGUUUAUUUGAAGUGUUUUUUGGUGUUGAAGGAUGUUCAUUGGUAAAUGUUUUGAUAAUCUUAUGUAUGAAAUGUAUUUUUUUUUAUUUAGAUACGUUCAUGUUCAUUAAUAUGUUACUCAUUCUUUAAUUGGCAUAUGCGACACUCAUAAAUGAAUGUUCGUUUGCUGUUAAUAUAAUAAAUAACCCGUGUGUAUGCAAAUGAUGCCAAGAAUUAUAUUGUUCAAUAUGAUGCAUGUCUAUUUUAGCUUGUAUCGUAUAACAGUGUCGUUUGCAAAAAUAGUGUUUUUCCCAUGUAUUAUGGUAUGUAUCUAUUUUCAUAAACUUACAUUUCCUUUCGUUCUUUAAAUUUGCAUUACUCUUCAAAGAAUCGCGGUAUAGCUGUGGUAUGAGAAGUUUAUUGUUGCUUAUCACAGCUGCAUACAUAUGACUUUUCAACAUUACAUUUUGCUUAUAGUUGUGCAUAAUAACGCGAUUGUUUCUGUCGUGAAUAUUAAUGUUUCAUUCAUUAAUCUAAUUUUCUAAUUUGUACCAUAUUAUACUCGGAACUUAAAUCGAUAGCAAUGUGAUAUUGCUUGUGAGACAAAAUCAUUAUGACCGUAAACCUUUAAUGCAUGUUAAUGCGAUGACUAGCCCACGAUUGCUGAUACUUUUACCAAUGCAUUGGCGGCGAUGCAUAGAGAAGAAAAUAUAUAUGAUGUCACCCAUGUCUAUGUUAUAUUAUGAUUUUUUUACAGUUGGGUUUGGAACAUAUAACUUAUUUCAGUUAGGUGUAUACAAUUUGUUUUACUAAGAUUGAUUCAUUUUCCUGUACAGGUAUAAUUAACCGUAAUCUUUAAAUGCCGAUGAUAUGCAGCGUUUUAAUUUUGUUAAUUCAAACGUUAUCUUUGCACAAAUAUGGGCGAUAGUUCGCUAAGUAGGUGCUAAGUGAAAUACCAGUCAUAUAGUUGUAAUUAUUGGUCGAAUUUGUUUGCUACAUGCUUCAUCAAAUGUCAUGUUUUACACAAUGUCUAUAAUGGAAACUGUGUGACUAUUCUUGGUGAAUGAUUGAACUCGAGUAUUUUUUCGAAUUUAAAAUGUUACGAUAUAAAUCAUCAAUAAAACGCAGGGGUGUAUGUGUA